AACCAGAUGUGCUCCGGUACGGCUGUCUCUGUUCCUUUGGAGCCACCUUGUGCAAGUGGCUGGAUAGGCUAUGAAGGGAAAUGCUACUUUUUCUCAGAAGAGGAGAAAAACUGGACGUCUAGCCAGACAUUUUGUACUUCCUGUGGCUCAUCUCUGGCCUCGAUUAAGAGUGAACAAGAAAAGGCAUUCAUUCUGCGUUACAAGGGAAAAGCUGAUCACUGGAUUGGCCUCCAGAAGGACCAAGGCCAAGGUUGGAGAUGGGCAGAUGGGACAGAGUUCAGGAACACGGUGGAGGUGAGAGGACAAGGAGGAGACUGUGCCUUUCUAAGCACUGACACUGCCAUCGUCUCUCGCUGUUACAUAACAAGGAAUUGGAUCUGCAACCACCCUGAUGCUUAUUCAACGAACAGGAGCUCUACAAUAAGGCAAUGAAAAGCCAAAAGACAUUAUGGUACCGUAGUACGAACAUAAGAAGUGCCAUGCUGGAUCAGACCAAGGGUCCAGCACUCUGUUCACACAGUGGCCAACCAGCCAUCGGCCAGGGACCAACAAAACAGGACAUGGUGCAAUAGCACCCUCCCACCCAUGUUCCCCAGCAACUGGUGCACACAGGCUUACUGCCUCUGAUACUGGAGGUAGCACAUAACCAUCAGGGCUAGCUCUAUAUGGUUCGGGUCCAGGU